UCAGUAGGCGGACUCUCAACCACUGUGCCACCAGGGAAGCCCUAAUCACGAACUUUUAAGCAAAACGUAAAGAGACCUGUUUUCUAGCUUCAGGUUUCUAAUAAAUAGCUCUCAUCCCAGCACUCUAGCCUCUGUUGUGGUUUAUCACAAUAUGACUCUAACAAUAGAAUUUUGAGAAUAUAUUGUGCAGAGAUAAUUGGACAUAAAAUAUCAGUGAUUCCUCCCCGACCUGUAAUAUAUAAAAUAUUUCCUAGGGAACUGAAUUUCAGGUUUGGACUUGGAGGGAAAACCUCUCCCCAUUUCCUUCCAGUUUUAUUUGGGUUUGUUAAAAGAAACUGGAUUUCAAGAGAUGGUAGCAAGCAAGAGGUUACUAAGAAGUUCUGUUAUUUAAAUGUGUGCAAAGGACAUUUUCCAUAUUGUCUUAUACUACGUUUACUGAAUGCUUCAUAUCUUGAUGAAGAGUCAGCCUUGGGAAAACACUUUUAGCCCACAGGUUCACUUUUCAAAAGCUUCAUAAUUUUGAAUAGGUAAUAUAUGUUACAAAAUUCAAAAGUUACAAAAACGAAUAAAUCUUUCUUACCCUUCCCUAUAUACAGAUACUCAGUUUCCCCUUAUAAAGGCAAACACCAGUUUCUUGUGUUUCCUUCCAGAGAUAUGCAAGAUUCCGUAUACAAUCAUAUACAUUUGUGUUUUAAAUACGCACCUAUAAAUCAUCCAGCCUGUAAACACCUAUAACGCUGUCCAUCUUGGCAAUCUUGCCCGUGUUCAAUUUUCAGUCUUGGAAAUUUCUGCUAAAUUGCCCUUUGUUGCCCUUCAUGGAGGUUGUCCCAGUUUAUGAUCUUACCCACAGGCAGUGAGAGUACCUGUUUCCCCACCUCACCAACACAGUGCCUUAUCAAACUCCUUUCAUUUUUGCCAGUCUGAAGGAAAAGUAGUACCUUGUAGUUUAAAUUUGCAUUUUUGCAAUAACAUAAAAUUGAAGUUGGGCAUCUUCUUGAGAUGUACUUGAAAUAUUUUUCCAGUUUAUCCCUUGAAUUUGUGUUUAUUGCCAUGAAGACCAUUUAAAAAAUGCUUAUUAGUUUAACAGAUUCUCAUGGCUUUUAGAUUUUGUUUCAUUUAGAAAGGCAUUCUUUAUUAAAAAAUAAUUAAUGGUUUUGUUUUUUUUACAUUUAAAGUCUUUGAUCUGGAAGUUUAAAUAAGGGUAGUAGGUAUGCAGCUUUACUUUUGAGGCAAAAAUGUAUAUAUUGUGAUAUAUAAUGUGUAUAUUGUAUUGAGAUGAUAAAUAAAGUGUAAUUCUUGGGAAAGAGUUGUUACUGUAUUGCUUGUUCGUUUUAAGGGAGAAUCAUUGAAAAUUUUUUUCACGGAUUAUUAAAGUAACACUUUUCUGUAGGAAAUUUAGAAGAAUACAGGAGGGAAUAAAAAUCAACCAUAAUCCCACUACCAUAUUAUAGAUAACAAAAUUGGGACCGUACUCAUACUGCAACUUAUUUUUUUCUCACUUGAUACUAACAUAGGAACUUAGGUUUAGAAAAUAAAUUGUCGUUUACCAUGGUGUCAGAAUUUUUUUCAACCAUCCUAGUAUUUUUCUGAGGCGAAAUCUGAGGCCCUUAAAGGAAUGAAUGACCUCGGCUUUAGGCAUACCUUUAAAUUUUGAACAGUUUUAAAGUGCUGCAUUUUAAAUGAGACACCAGCACUCAGGCGAGCCAGGCAUUCAGCGGGUUUCGACUCCAGAGAGAACGGAGCUCCAGGCCGGCCGGGGUCCUCGAGCCUGGCCGCUGGCCUCUCAGCCCAGCCUGGCUGCAGUGACCCCUGGUGGCGGAGGCAAGGGCGGCCAAGCACGAGGCUGAGGGUCAGAUCCACCGCUGAACCCUUCUCUUCCGAGAAAUCCUUUUAGUCGCUUUGGGAAACGCUUUCUUCGCAUUUGCCUGUCUGACCCUUUGCCGCACACGCCGACUUUGAGCGCAGAAUUGCGGCGCUAGAGCGCCCUGGCGCCGCAGACGACCGCCAGGUGUCCCCGAGGCGGGGCGAAGCUCAGCCCCGGCGCCUGGGGCUGGUUUCCGCGCCCCGCUCCCUCGUUACUCCAUCUGGGGAGUUUGAGAAGUUUUGAACUUCCGGGUUGGCUCUCCCGGGCUUGCGGUGUGGUGGCCAGCCGAAGGGCGUCGCUGUGCCCAGUGUUUGGGCGUGUCCCUUUAAACUUUUUUGUUUUUUAAACUUCGGGGGUGUAGUCACGGCCCUCCUCUCUCUGCGAGUUGCUCCCUGGACACCCGGUCCUUCCCUCCGCCCCGCCGUCCAGAUGCUGUGGAUCAUGAGCCUGAAGGGCGCGGGGACCCUUCUGGUGACCGAGGUGAUCAAAGAUCGCCUUUGUUUUGCCAUUCUCUACAGCAGACCAAAGAGUUCAUCAAAUGUACAUUAUUUCAGCAUAGAUAAUGAACUUGAAUAUGAAAACUUCUACGCAGAUUUUGGACCACUCAAUCUAGCAAUGGUUUACAGAUAUUGCUGCAAGAUUAAUAAGAAAUUAAAGUCCAUUACAAUGAUGAGGAAGAAAAUUAUUCAUUUUACUGGCCCUGAUCAGAGAAAACAGGCAAAUGCUGCUUUCCUUGUUGGAUGUUAUAUGGUUAUAUAUUUGGGGAAAACUCCAGAAGAAGCAUAUAGAAUAUUAAUGUUUGGAGAUACAUCCUAUAUUCCUUUCAGAGAUGCUGCCUAUGGGAGUUGCAAUUUCUACAUUACACUUCUUGACUGUUUUUAUGCAGUAAAGAAGGCAAUGCAGUAUGGCUUCCUUAAUUUCAACUCCUUUAACCUCGAUGAAUAUGAAUACUAUGAAAAAGCAGAAAAUGGAGAUUUAAAUUGGAUAAUACCAGACCGAUUUCUUGCCUUCUGUGGACCUCAUUCAAGAACCAGACUUGAAAGUGGUUACCACCAACAUUCUCCUGAGGCUUAUAUUCCGUAUUUUAAGAAUCACAACGUUACUACCAUUAUUCGUCUGAAUAAAAGGAUGUAUGAUGCCAAACGCUUUACGAACGCUGGUUUCGAUCACUAUGAUCUUUUCUUUGCGGAUGGCAGCACGCCUACUGAUGCCAUUGUUAAAGAAUUUCUGGAUGUUUGUGAAAAUGCAGAGGGUGCCAUUGCAGUACACUGUAAAGCUGGCCUUGGACGAACAGGCACUUUGAUAGCCUGCUACAUCAUGAAGCAUUACAGGAUGACAGCAACCGAGGCCAUUGCUUGGGUCAGAAUCUGCAGACCUGGCUCAGUGAUUGGACCUCAGCAACAAUUUUUGAUGAUGAAACAGGCAAGCCUCUGGAUGGAAGGUGACUAUUUUCGUCAAAAGUUAAAGGGUCAGGAGAAUGGAAGACACAGAGCAGCUGUCUCAAAACUCCUCUUGGCUGUUGAUGACAUUUCAAUCAAUGGGGUCGAGAAUGAAGACAAGCAAGAACAUGAACUGUACAGUGAUGAUGACGAAAUCAAUGCAGUGACACAAGGUGAUAGACUUCGGGCCCUGAAAAGCAGAAGACAAUCAAAAACAAACGCUAUUCCCCUCACAGUAAUUCUUCAGUCCAGUGUUCAGAGCUGUAAAACAUCUGAACCUAACAUUUCUGGCAGUGCAGGCAUUACUAAAAGAACCACCAGAUCUGCUUCAAGAAAAAGCAGUUUUAAAAGCCUGAUUCCUCAGAGGGAAAGAAGGAAAAGGAAUGCUUUGCAACAAAUGCCCUUCAUGGCAUUAUGGUACUCUCAUUGCUCGGCCGCUUUUGCACUCCCUUCUUUUUUUAUUGUUUUUCUAUUGUUUUUUAAUUUUUUGCAGAACUGAACCUUUUUCUGCUCUGCCUCUUCUCUCCUGUUUGUCUUUACUUUACGGUUGAUAUUGUACUGUCUUUUCCAAAGUAUCUGUCAUUAAAGAAUUAUACAAAGUGUAUACUUUUUAGCAUGUCAAUAUUUUUAUUAUGUUGCCUUCCUUGUCUUUGAUAACUACAUAUGGGACACUUAAAAGCCUUCAUGGUAAAAUCCUUUUUUUUUUCCCCUGUAGUCCCUCCAUUUCAAGGACUAAAACAGUCUUGCGUUAAGUAAAAACCUGUGACCAGAACUUGAAGGAAGACUCUAGGAACAGAAAACUACAACGGGACUUUAGCACAAUUUAUUUGGAAACAAAACAGAAUUGCAAAAGCCUUAGCUGCUUUCCACCUAAGAAGUUUAUUCAAUGAAGAAAAUGUCCACUGGAAUUUAAAUAACUACAUGAGUUUGGGUACAAGUGAAUGACUUGAAGAGGGCCCAACUCUCCUUCUAUAGAAAUGUCUUUAACAAAAAAAGCUGUUGUAAAUUAGUCUCAGGUGUAAAUAUCAAAGCCCUCUGUUAUCAGGAGAGCUGACUAGUCUGUGUGGUGCAGGUGUGUCCCUGUGAUGGCAAUCAGUUUAGCUGCUGGCCUUCAGAAGAAUUGAGGGUCUGAUGGAGGUUUUUUACUUAUUUAUUUGCUGUUCACCCUGUGUCAAAAUUUAUAAAGAUAAAACAAGCAUUACUGAAAUGGUACUUUCUGUAAUUUGAUACUAUUUGGUUUAAUCAUCUUCACUUUAGUAUUUGUAAUACUGUUAUAAUGUUAACUCUGUCAAGUACCCAAGCUGCUUGUCUUCCACCAAAGAGUGCUUUAUUAACAAGAAUCUGUGAAAACCACAUUUGAAGGCUGUUGCAUGUUGCGGUACUUUGGUAACCUAAAACUUUCAAGAGAAUGUUAAUAGUAGCUUUAGAAGACUCAGGAGGAGAAACUGGCUUCAGAGUUGGAAGACUGUUGUUAAGUCAUUCGUUUGUCAUUUCGGGACUGAAGAAUGCCAAGGCUGCCCACUAUUUGGUUGCCCAGUCAUACAAAUUAAAAUCAUAUUUCCUUCCAUGCAGGAAAAACCCCCACACUGUUGGUGUUUCCCCUGGAAACAGUGAUCCCAAAUAAUGGUGACUUUUUAAAAAAGUUACUUUGUUAGGGUCUUUCUCUGUGGCAUUGUGGAUUUUUUUUGUUAUGUGAAUGACCUAAGGCCAUUCACACACCCUUUGGUUUCAGUGACAGUUAUUCGUAUCUGGAUUUCAGUUGUUUGUAAAUAAGAAACUCACUGUUGCCUUUGGUUAGGGAAUACAACUAAUAACUCUUUGCAGAGUGCCUUCUCCCCUCAACCCCACAGAAACACAGCAGAGUCUGUAAUGUAAAACAAUCAUAAAACAGAAUUUAUUUGCUGCUAAAAAAAAAAAAAAGUGGGUCCCAAAAGAAAAAAAUAUUUGUAAUCAUCUUGGUUACCUCCAUAGGAAGUGAAUGGUUUAGUUAUUGCUAACCAGUGUUUGCCUGUCCUAGUCUGGAGAAUGGGGAGAUGAUACAAUAUUAAAAGGCAAAAUGCCUUCACGUUAUAAGAUGAAUGAAUCAGGUCAGUAGGCAAUUCCAUUUUUAAAAAGCUGCCUUUUUAAUACAAAUAGGAAGAAUAAGGAGUGGUUGGAAUAAACAGAUUAAAGUCUGCUAAUGCAGAAAGUAAUUAGAGGACGGUGGAUCUAUUUUGGUAUUUACUCUCUUGGAGUAAAUUGUCAGGUUGCCUAGUUUUGAGGGGAGAUGGAAGAUGCCAUUGUUUUUGGCCAAACAAGCAUUUGUUUGAGGUGCUCCUCAUUGGGCACCAUGAGGGCCAUGCCAGCUUUUUUCUGAGGACUGGACCUCAGAAAAACAGUGUUUUUCUAUCCCUGGAAGUUCAUAAAUAUAAAGACCUACUUACCUGAGGGAAGACAGCUCUUCAUUAAGCUUUGAGUGGGAGGGGAAACCUUCUGUUUGCUGUGUUGGUCUGGGAGAUGAUACUAAAUAUUGAAGCUGUGCCCAGGCAUUAAACACUGAAUUCUCAGGGCAACUCUUCUUCCCUUUAUACUUUGAAAGGCCAUCUCCUGCAUAAACAAUCCCGGUAGUUGUGAAAAUCAAACUUCCGUCUGAACCGUUCUUGCUGGUCAGAACAAGUAAACGUGCCGUCACCCUCACCGUGAAUAAGCCAUUUGGUGUCUCUUGGGCUUCAAUGUACCUUUCGUUUUACAAAUUGCCUUUCUGUGUGGCUGCUCAAGUGUCCAGCUAGAAUUGCUGUCACUGUGGUUCUUUCUAAAAAUCCUUGUAUUUGACGGGCUCACUGAAAUGAGUCAUCGCAAACUAGUCAUUUGUUAAAGAAGCCUUCCUUGGAACCCACAAUCUGGGAUAGUGCUUCAGACGGAUCGUAUAUAGCGGUGUUAAAUGUAUGGGGACAUCUGGAACCUAGGAAGUCUCUGCAUCUGAUGGAUGGAAAGUUCCUCCUGCUGUGAAUAAAAGUAGACUCUUCCCCCGCCCCCAACUGAAACUUUAACAUACCCAAGAAUCUCCUGAGAUUCUCAUUUUUAAUUUGUUAUAGAAGAUCUUGUUGCUAUGGAAUAUGAAACAGGGCAUGUCAGAUGGAGAGAUUUCUUUAACUUCAGAGCCUUAAAUAACUUUGAAAGUACACCAAGACAGUUUCCAUUGGAAUUAAAAUUAGAAAUGAAUAUUUUUAGGUGCCCUUGAAGCUUUCUGGGGACUCAAACCAUCAAGAGUUAGGGACGGUCCAAAAGAAGGGUGGUCUGCCAAACUGGGUACCUAGACAUAUAGACAGACUUCCAUUAUGUAAUGCUACAGGAAAACUAGAAAUCCCUCUAACCUGUCGGUGAAGAGGGACGGAUCCUGAGCAGUGCCUCACUAAAACAAGCAGCCUUACUUGUCAAGACGUAGCUGCAUCUAAGCGGCCCGCCACUCUUCUAGUCUCCAGAAUUUUUCUGCUGUGAACUCGAUCCUCUGAGCCUGUCCCCCACCCACUUCCUUCCCUGCCCUCCUCCGCCUCUCACAGGGGUGAUUUCUACCUCUUGGGCCCCGACAAGAUUGAAGGAGUCCCCAAGUGUUCUCAUGAGUCCCCAAGUGUCUCCCCUUGGGUGAACCGUUUGGACCAUCUGGUGUUCUGGGCCGCGUCAUGCCAAGAGCUCCGGGAGCCCUUCCCUUGCUUGACCAGUGGGCCUUGCGUUCCUUUGAUGUUUGUCAGAAAGUGGCUGAGCUGCUUCUCUUCAUACAGUUUUUGAAGUGAUGAUUGCAUUUUGGAAAGCAGUGCUCAUCACAAACAACUUUAAAAACAUGUUUUCAUUCUUUCCUAGUUCUUUCCCACCGAAACUGUCCUUGUGGGGCUAGCUGCUGCUCUUCCUUUUCUCCUAGAUCUGAGUAUUCGCCAUGUCACUAAGUGGAAAUACUACAGAUGUGUUUAAUUGACUGGACAGUUCACCUAAUCUGUGUAGGAAAUUACCUCCUUAAUUGCCCAGUAGAAUUAACUGUCAGCAGGUAUAUUCAUCUGAUUAUAUUACUGCAGUUUUAUAUUAAUGAUUUGCAGACUUUUAUCUAACCUGCACUCAUGUAUAGAUUAUUAAAACUUUUAAAAUGUGACUGAUUAAUCAGUAUUGGAUCAAUCGUUGUCUUGAUUUUUUUUAAUUAAAAUGUAUAUUUCUAAUCAUAUUUUAUAAAGCUGAGAGAACUAGUUGAAUGUUUAUUUUCCUGAAGGUAUUUUUAAGAUAAAGCUUCAUAAUGGCGUGUAAACUUUGCAUAUCUAUAUAGUUUGAUACAUAUUGUCACAUUUGUGUAUUGUAACUGGUUUUAUACGAAAUGUUGAAUAGUGGAAAUUGUAUAAUUAUAAUCAUGUAAUUAAAAGUAUUAACCAAACA